AUGUUUUGAAAGAGUUUGGUGGUAAAUUAAUCGAAACAUUGAACAUAUUAUGUUAACACCGGCAUUUAUAUGGGAAUUCAUGUUGUCAUCUUUAUGUCUCAGCACCUUAUGUGUGCUGGGCUGUGGUGCUUAAUAGAGGGAGAGACAUCCUGCAAGACUAAACUGGAUCCUCCCCUGGACGGGACGGAGUGUGGGGCAGACAAGUGGUGCAGGGCAGGCGAAUGUGUCAGUAAGACUCCCAUCCCUCAGCAUGUGGAUGGUGACUGGAGUCCAUGGAGCCAGUGGAGCUUGUGCAGCAGGACGUGUGGUACUGGAGUCCAGUUCAGACAGAGGAAAUGUGACCACCCUCCACCUGGUCCAGGUGGGCGACACUGCCCACAGGCCAGUGUGGAACACAAGGCCUGUGAAGCCCCUCCCUGUCCCAAGGGGUCACCCAGCUUCAGAGACUUGCAGUGUCUCUCCUAUAACCAACAAGCCAACAAGAAGGGCGGCAUGCUGACUGCUAUUGUUAAUGAUGAUAAGCCAUGCAUGUUGUUCUGCAGCCCAGUGGGCCGAGACGUCCCAGUUCUGAUGGCUGACAGAGUAAUGGACGGGACUCCCUGUGGACCGUAUGAGGUGGACCUGUGUGUUAAUGGAAGAUGUCAGAAAAUCGGCUGUGACGGCAUCAUUGGCUCAUCUGCUAAAGAGGACCGCUGUGGUGUUUGUAAUGGAGAUGGACGGUCCUGUAAAAUAGUGACAGGGGACUUCAACCACACUAGGGGAAUGGGCUAUAUCGAAGCUGUGGUGAUCCCUGCAGGAGCUAGAAGGAUCAGAGUAGUGGAGGACAAACCUUCACAUAGUUUUUUGGCUCUCAAAGACUCAAGUAAGAGGUCCAUCAACAAUGACUGGAAAAUUGAACUUCCAGGAGAAUUUGAGCUGGCUGGAACCACAGUGCGCUAUGUUAGAAGAGGAAUAUGGGAGAAGAUGUCUGCCAAGGGACCCACUAAGACUCCUUUAUAUCUAAUGGUUCUCCUAUUUCAUGACCAGAGCUAUGGGAUCCACUAUGAGUACACAGUGUCUUUAAACACAAGUCAGAACAGGAGCAGUGAGGAACAAAGGGAACCAGAGUAUCUCUACAUCUGGACACAUAGCAGCUGGCAAGACUGUAAUGUCCAUUGUGGAGGAGGAGAGAGGAGGACAGUGGUUUCAUGUAUGAGGAUAGUCAACAAAACUAUGGAGGUUGUCAACAAUAGUUACUGUCAACCUGAAAACCGACCGCAACCGCAAGUACGUCUCUGCAACAUUCACCCCUGCCAGUACCGGUGGAUGACAGGUGAGUGGGGGCCUUGUUCUGUCACUUGCGGUAAAGGUCAUCAGCAGAGGGAGGUGUUGUGUCUUUACCACCUACAGAAUGGUUCAGUCAUCCACACCAGGGACCUGUACUGCCAAGGAGGAAAACCUCCUGUUUUACAGGGCUGCGAGGGCCGCCUUUGCCUCACAGCGUGGGAGGCUUCAGAAUGGUCCAAGUGUUCAUCAAAUUGUGGUCAAGGUGUCCGCAGACGUACAGUGUUGUGUACAAACCCUCAGGGUCUGUGUGAUCCAUUGUCCCAGCCAACUCAAGAAGAAUAUUGUGAGGACUUCUCCAAAUGUUACGAAUGGAAAACCGGAGACUGGUCCAAGUGCUCAUCAUCCUGUGGAAAGGGACUGCAGUCACGGGUGGUUCAGUGUAUGCACAAAGUGACUGGUCGACAUGGUAACAACUGCUCUGUGAUGCUGAGACCACCAACAUAUCGAUCCUGUCACAGUGGGAACUGUGAUGAGAAAAUUAAUGCGAAUACCAUCACCUCCCCUAGGCUAGCUGCUCUGACCUACAAGUGCUUGGGGGACAGGUGGACAGUGUACUGUCAUGUGAUCCGGGAUAAAGACCUUUGUCAGGACAUGAGGUGGUACCAACGAUGCUGUGAAACCUGUCGGGUCUUUUAUGCCAACAAAAUACUGCACAAGCGCUAAUAACCAAAAGCACAUACUCCCUUUUAAAUGUUAUAUAAUACUGAUAAAUACAGAAAAUCUUUGGGUUUUUUUUAUUUAAAACAAAAAAAGGUAAGUAUACAUAAAUGUAUACUGGAAACAAGAAUAUGUAGCUUGUAAUUUUAAUGCACAUUAGAAAAUAUCUGAUAUUUCACUUGCUGUAGACAAAAACAAAGAACAAACUUUAUUGUACGCAGCAAGUGACAAAUGUGUGUUGUAUAAUAACCUGGCAGGUCCACUAAACAACAUGUGAUUCAGAGUCAGCAUGAACUUUCCCCUCUCCUUCUUUUGUAUUGUUUCUGUUAUAUAGCAGAUUUCAAAUCAUUGGUCACUUUUUUAAUGUUUAAGUAACAUUAUGUAAGUAUUAAUAAAUUACUGUAAUAUGUGCCUAUGAUCAGGAGCCAUUGUAAAAUACUGUAGAACUCUACUGAAUCACUCCGGCUUAUAAUAGAAGACACACUGAUCUUACUCGGGUGUUUUAAAGCUAAUGUAGCAGAUGAAAACAAAUUCUGGAGCUCUGGUAGUGUUUGGUUUGCGCUCAGUCAUUCUCCACCACCCUAAGGGGGUUAUUCCAUUUUGACCUUGGGACUUCUAGGCUUUAUUUGGCACACAUAUCCCUGUAUGCUAUGCCAGCCAUGCGGUUGUGGCAUUCAUGCAUGCCCUGCCUGCUAGCAUCUUGGGACCUCUUUGCACAGCCUGCACCUGAGGUCUUGCCUGGUGUGGUAGAUCCCAGCCUCUAUCAAUCUGGCUUGUUCCUGUGCAGACAUGAUUAGUGCCUCUGUGCCUCUACUUGCUCUUCUUAUUUCUCAAGUUACUGCUGCCUGAGAUAUUCAGAGCUGGUUGGUUUUGGUGAUGGUCACACCUUGAGAGCGUACUUCACGUAAUCUUGGUAAUCGACCAAAAGGGUCCAGUUUUCCAGCUGCCAUACUGAACACCUUGAACGCAUCAGUUUUUUUUUGGGGGGGGGGCUUGGUAUCCAUCUCAGAGGGUGGGGAUCACAAUAUCUCGUCCUGACCUAAAGUCCUGGCUUCCCCUCGCCGUAGCGUUCAUGUACCUCAUUGAUCUCUAGUUGUGAUAGCAGUUGCUGUCAAUUGUGAUCCUGGUAGUUUGUGUUUUUUAUAAAGUUGUGCAAAGGAAUUAGGUCAGCUAAUGUUUUUUAGUUUGAUAGUAAGAUUUUACAAUUCAAUCAUUUAAACUGCCUGCAGUGAUCAGGAGCAAGAAUAUUACGGAGCCCCGCAGGGGACAUGGGAGAAAAAAAAAUUAAGAUGGAUGGAGAUCUCGCAAAACUAACUCGGGAUCUCGCAAACAUUUUAGCCGCAUUCUUCGGACGCUGGCUCGAGGCCGACCAGGAGGUUGAGGCACGAUGUGCCGGGAAAACGGUGUUCCUCCCGGCUGUAGCAGGUCUCGACCUCCCGUUAGCUUCGAGCUAGAUCUCGAGCGAGAUCUCGCAAAAGUUUUGCGAGAUCCCGAGUUUGUUUUGCGAGAUCUCGCAAAAGUCCGUCUUAAUUUUUUUUUCUCCCAUGUCCCCUGCGGGGCUCCGUAGAAUAUAACUAUUUCACUAGCAGUAUCUGAUUAGAUGCACCAAGACCUGAUGCUAGUUAACCUGUAUAGUUGCAUAUAGAGCCAAACACACGUCAGAACCAGUAUUUGUUGUAGACACAGCUGACAGUUCUGUUCAACCUGUUCAAACCUCACUGGUGCUGCUUCUUCCUCUUUUAAAAUUGCCAAUCAAACGUUAUAAGCGCGUAUUUUCCUCAGUAUAAGGUGCUCAAAAGAACAUCAGUUACUAGUGUGAUUAUUAUCCAGAUAAAAUAGCCAGAUAUAAUAUUUUUUCUCAAAUGGCCAAAAAAUGUAAUACUUGAUCAAUUUCAUGGGGUCUUUAAUGCUUUUAGCUGUAAGACUAGAAGGUGCUGUAUGAAUGCCAGUUCAUUUCCCUUAUAUAGUCAGGGAGAACACAUGCGUGUUGGUGUGUGUAUCAUCAUUUGAUAAAAGUUCAUAAACGUGUUUUACAGUUGGUUGAAUGGUGCUAUCUUAUAACUUCACAUUUGUGGAAUUCAGAUGAUGUCCGUGUAUGAUCCUCACAAUUAAUGGCUGUCUGCUUUUAUUUGUUGGUGGAUUGAUACCAUUGUUUUGACAAUACUUUUUUUCUUAUGGUAUAAAUAUUCUUUUUUAUUCUUGUACUGUUCUUUGUUAGUUGCACAUACACCAUGUUUGAUUAAUAAAGUUUCAAUAGAAAGUGUUUUUCACCGUGCUGAUUGAGAGCUGGGUAUUUGUGUAUGCAUGCAUUUGUUUGUAUAUUCAUGCAUAAAGACGUGUCAUAGAUGGUUAAUUUAAUAAAAUGAAAAUUAUACUUUCUAUGAAGAAUACUGUAUGUAAUAUUAAAAAUAUUUUAUGCUGUGAUUUAAGUAUCUUUUAUAUUUAUGAACAUUUUUGCCUGAAACUUGAUUAAAGGUUUGUGACG